CUUCCAGAAUCCCUGAGGAUGACAUCAGGUUAAAAAAAAUUAGAGACCAAAACUGUGCCAAUUUCUUGGAGCCAGCUACUGCACUUGCUAAAAAGGAAGAAAAAAUGGAAAUUGAAGUUCCAGUUUCUGAACAUAAAAGCAUCACCACAGUGGCUUCACCACAUCCCAUAGACAAUCCAACCCACUUCUUUUCUUCUGCAGCCAGCCACAAUGGACUUAAGGACAGGCAUGAAUCUCUGGACAGUGAAGUUGCUAAAGAGAUUAGAUAUCUAGAUGAAGUGCUGGAGGCAAACUGCUGUGAUUCUUCUGCAGAUAAUACCUUUAAUGGGACAUCCUCUCCUCAGCUAAGUGCAGUCACCAUCAUGGAUGGCUCAGGAGCUUCAGUUAAUGUCUCUAAUGAUUCAGUACCCAAUGCAAGGGAAGAAAAUGUAGCUGACAAGCAGGCACCCUUGGUUGUUAAACCACAUGAAGCUAGUUCAACAUGUGAAAGCCUGAACUCUAAUGGCCAUUCCUUGGGUGGAUUGAAGGAAGACAUCGGGGAAAGUCUGAAGAUGCCGGGAAGUCCUACUUCUUCAAACAGUUCUAGAAGAUCUUCUAAGGAUGGAGAAACAACUCUUACAACCCUUAAGAAAGAGGCUAAGUUUGAACUACGUGCUUUCCACGAGGACAAAAAGCCCUCUAAGCUCUUUGAAGAUGAAGAUGAGAAGGAAAAGUACAGGGUCCGCAAAGCGAGACCAUCAGAGGAAAUGAUAGAACUUGAAAAAGAAAGAAGGGAACUCAUUAAAAGCCAGGCUGUCAAGAAAAACCCUAACAUUGCCGCCAAAUGGUGGAACCCUCCCCAAGAGAAGACUCUGGAGGAACAACUGGAUGAAGAGCAUCUGGAAUCCCACAAAAAGUAUAAGGAGCGCAAGGAGAGACUGCAGCAGCAAAGUGCAACACCAACAUCUCCCAAACAGGUCAGCUGCUCCUUUGUACCACCAGAGCCAGUGAAUAUCAAGAAAGAGGAUAUUGUCACAGAGCAAAUUGAUUUCUCAGCUGCCAGGAAGCAAUUCCAACUGAUGGAGCAUUCAGGUCCAUCUCAGGGUCAGGUCCCACCAAGGCGGUCUGGAACACCCAAAAUGUUUUCCGUCAAACCAUUCUAUAAAAGCCUCAAUCCUUCAAAUGCAGACAGGCCUCUCUCCACCAUUACAAGACCUGUUUCAAUGUAUGGACAAACAGGUCAACAUGAGAGUAAUGAGAUUACUGUUGUCAAAGCACAGAAAGUCUCCUGUUCUUCAGAGGAGGAUACAAAUGCUCAGAGCAACAGUGCUGACCCAAUAAGAGAAUUGCCAUGUAGUGAUAGCUCCAGAGCUGGACAGGCCUCGAAACUGUGGUCAGAGGAUGGAGAAUUCAUGAGUGCAAGAGCUGUCUUCACGGUGGUGAAGGAUGAUGUACAGGGUGUGCUAGACCAGCUCCCGAAGACAGCCAGCGCCUCCUCCCCUCCUGAGGAGCUUGACUCCGGUUUGGAUGACUUGUCUGUAAGAUCUCAGGAUACCACUGUCUUGGAGACCCUUUCCAAUGACUUCAGCAUGGAUAACAUCAGUGACAGUGGUGCCUCUAAUGAAACUAUGAGUGCCCUGCAAGAAAGCUCAUUGGCAGAUUUCUCCCUGCCACAGACCCCGCAGACCGAUACUCCAGCAGAGUGCAGGGGCGAAGGCAUGUCCAAAUCAUUCAGUGACCCAGGCUGUGACUCUCUGUCUUCUGCCUUGGCAGAUUCUAUGCUGAUGGACAACCAGUUGGAGUACCACGCUGGUCUGCUUGUUCAGAAUGCCAUCCAACAAGCCAUAGCUGAACAGGCAGAUAAAACAAAUGGCAAGGAAGUGAAAGUCCCAGCAGAGCAGGAUAUCUCUGCCAAAGAGCAGCAGGCCACCACCAGGCUAUCUCCAGCCUCCAAGGAGCAGCAGAACCCAGUGUUUAAGCCACCCCAGGUGUCUUCACCUGUUCAAGAAAAAAGGGACACCAUACCAAAGACUUCAAAAGAAGACAACUCAGGACUCAGGGAAGGGAAGAGUUUGCAGCAGUCGCCAGUGUACUCUGCCUGCCAGCCAUUCCUUGUGGAGGAGAACAGGCACGAAGUCAGUUACUUCAGCAAAUAUUCAGAGGCAGCUGAGCUGAGGAGCACUGCCUCCAUCCUUGCCACACAGGAACCUGAAGUGACCGUGGGCCCUUUCAAGUUACGAUCAAGGAAGCAGCGGACUUUAUCAAUGAUAGAAGAAGAAAUCAGAGCUGCCCAGGAGCGAGAAGAGGAGCUGAAGAGGCAGCGGCAAGAUCUGCAGAUGGCACCAAGCCCUGUUACGAAGAGCGCACCACUCCUGCCCACCAGAACAGUGUCUUACAAAACUGCACCAGGAAAGAUAGAGAAAAUCAAGCCUCCUCCAUCCCCCACCACAGAAGGCCCUGCUUCACACUCCGACCUGCAGGCUGAGGAGCCUGCAGGAGCCCAGCGACCCAAGAACCUGAUGGAGACCCUCAUGGAGGAUUACGAAACACACAAAACCAAGAGACGAGAGAGGAUGGAUGACAGCAGUUACACCUGUAAAUUACUGUCUAGCAAGGUUACUUCAGAGGUGCUGGAGGCCACCAGGGUGAACCGCAGGAAGAGCGCGCUGGCGCUGCGCUGGGAGGCCGGCAUUUACGCCAACCGGGAAGAGGACGAGUAGCUGUGCAGCAGCACCUGCUGA